AUGCUCGCGGCAGGAAGGCGGACCAUCACAACAGCGACUGCCAGCCGUGCCCUCGGCACUACCAUCCAGCGCCAGCUCUCCGGUGCCAAGGAGGCUCUGAGCGAGAUGUGGCGCGGGCUGGUGAGCUUGUAUCGCGAGACUCAGGCAAGCCGCCCGGCUCGGCGGGCGCUCAAGGCCUCGGCCGAUGGCGCGCGUAGUCUUUCCUGGCACCAACUCGAGGCCAUCAAGCGGAACAAUGCCGAUCUGCGGGCCCUGCUUCCCUUUCUGAUUGUCCUCAAUGCGCCCGGUGGCUUGAUCCUCGUCCCGGCCUUGGCCAAGCUCAUGCCCUCCUUCCUCCCGUCGACCUUUCUGACAGAGGCCCAAGCCGCCACCGUCUACGCCGCCCACGCCAAGCUUCGUUCCCGCUGUGCCUCGCCCAUCGCGGCCUACUUUCGUGGCGCGGCUACCUCGGAUCGCGCCGUCGCAGACCUGGUCUUCGCCGCCCAGGCCGGUGCUUUUGCCUCGCCGGCCAAGCUCGCCGCCGCCCUCGCCUCGCUCCCGGAGGCAUCGCAGGCGAGGCUGACCUUUGAUACCCUUCCGGACUCGCUACUCCCACUAGCCGCCCAGUACGCUGGUAUCUCUUCGCUCCGCACCCGUUUCCUCUCGCGCCCGCGGCUGGAGGCUGCUCUCGCUGCAAAGUACGCCCAGCUCGAGCUGGAGGACGUCCUGCUCGCAGACACCAUGAUGGACGACUCGGACGAUAUCCCGCCGCUCACUCUUCAUGACCUCCGCACAACGUGUGACGAGCGCGCCAUCGACGCCUCUGUCGACGAUGACCGUGCCUCGCUGCUCAAGUCGCUCACAGCCUGGCUCAACUACACGCCCUCGCUCUACGACGCCAUCCCCGAGCUCGGCGAUGCCGGCCCCGUCACCAAGGGCGACCUCAAACGCAUCCACCAGUUCCUCUACGGCACCGACGAUCUUCCCAAGCCCGACACUCCACACCUCGUCUUUUCAUUCCAGGUCCUCUCCACUAUCAACGCCCUCUCGCGCCGCGUCUAG